CGCAACCCACAUCCGGUUUGCACACCGGCACCGACGGCGCGGAGGCAGCCAUGGUGCGGUUCAAGCACAGGUACCUGCUCUGCGAAUUGGUGUCUGACGACCCCCGCUGCCGCCUAAGCCUCGAUGACCGAGUUCUGAGCAGCCUCGUACGGGACACUAUCGCCAGGGUGCACGGGACUUUCGGCGCAGCCGCCUGCUCCAUCGGCUUCGCGGUUCGAUACCUCAAUGCCUAUACUGGAAUAGUACUACUUCGAUGCAGAAAAGAGUUCUAUCAGCUUGUGUGGUCAGCUCUUCCUUUCAUCACAUACCUGGAGAACAAAGGACACCGUUACCCAUGCUUUUUCAACACGUUACAUGUGGGAGUCUGUAAGGUCGAGACCUUUCACAAGCUGUUGACCGCAGUAACUCAUAUGCCAGGUACAAUAAGAACAUGUCAGAAGUUCCUAAUUCAGUACAACAGGAGACAGCUGUUGAUCUUGUUGCAGAACUGCACCGAUGAAGGAGAGCGGGAAGCUAUCCAGAAGUCUGUGACAAGAAGCUGCUUACUAGAGGAGGAGGAAGAGUCAGAUGAGGAGGCUGCAGAAGCAAUGGAGUGAACCUCUGCUCACCACACAGCAGGCUACACUGCUCAGGCUUCGGGCCCACUUGUUGAACAGAAUAAUCUGGGUAGCAACAGCAUCUUCUACAGUUUUCCAAACUGGAUAGCUGCCAACCAGCGGACAUGUUACCCACCUGAAAGAGUACUCAGUUAAACUGAAGUUGCCUUUACUUAGCAUUCCCUGGUUAAGUGUUGCAGGUUAUGAACUCUGUAGACAUCUUUAUUGCUUGGCUAAGAGUAGAUUUAAUAAAUGUAUCUGGUUUCCGUGGCA